AGCCGAUUUUCUUCUUCAAAACGGCAUUCGUCUCCCACACUCUCUGCUUUAUCACACUCGCUGGGAGCUUUUCAGUGAGCUUUGUUCUCACUGUCUCUCGCUUCUUAGUUGCGCUUCAGACCACUGCAAUUUCGCGCUCAUUGUCAUCGUUCCCCGCCGCUUGGCUCUCUUUGUCGGAGUCGUGAGAAAUGGAUAGAAAGCAGGGGUUCUUCUCGGCGCUGAAGGAGGAGGUGGUGAGAGGGCUGUCUCCCGGAAGGUCUAGGGCCAAGAGCCCGGCGAGGAGUGCGUCCCCCAUGUCCAGGCUGCUGCGCCGGGGUAGGAAGGCCCACCACGUGGCGCCGCCCGAGCCGUUGAUCGCGAGAUCCGGGAGUCUGAGGCCGGCGGAGGCCUUGUCGCCGUUGAAGGAGGGACCCGACGGGACCGACGGAGAAGAUUCGAGGAUGGAGGGGAGGUGGGGCCAGUGGAUGAAGAGGGGGCAGCUCUCGCGGGCCCCUUCCGUCUCUUGCUCUGCUGCUUACAAACGCUCGGAUCUGAGGCUCUUGCUGGGAGUCUUGGGUGCACCGCUCGCCCCGGUGCACGUUAGCACGGCCGACCCUUUCCCUCACCUUAGCAUCAAAGACACCCCAAUUGAAAGUUCAUCGGCUCAGUACAUAUUGCAGCAGUACACAGCGGCUUCCGGAGGGCAAAAGCUUCAGAACACCAUUCACAAUGCUUAUGCCAUGGGAAAGGUGAGGAUGAUAGCUUCUGAGUUUGAGACGGCUAACAGGGUAGUAAGGAGCAAGAAUUCAUCCAAAGCUGCAGAUUCGGGUGGGUUUGUCCUUUGGCAGAUGAAUCCAGAUAUGUGGUAUGUGGAGCUUGCACUUGGUGGCAGCAAGGUUCACGCUGGCUGCAAUGGGAAGCUUGUCUGGAGGCACACACCUUGGCUUGGUGCACAUGCUGCAAAAGGGCCUGUUAGACCCUUGCGCAGAGCACUUCAGGGACUUGACCCCAGAACCACUGCAAGCAUGUUCACCAAUGCAAGAUGCAUUGGAGAGAAGAAGAUCAAUGGAGAGGAUUGCUUCAUCCUCAAGCUCUGCGCAGAUCCUCUGACAUUGAAAUCCAGGAGUGAAGGACCGGCCGAGAUCAUAAGGCACGUCUUGUUCGGCUACUUCAGCCAGAAAACAGGGCUUCUUGUGCACUUGGAAGAUUCCCAUUUGACCCGCAUUCAGAACAAUGGAGGCGAUGCUGCAUACUGGGAGACCACAAUCAACUCCUUCCUCGAUGAUUACAGGCCUGUUGAGGGAGUCAUGAUUGCUCACUCGGGUCGUUCAGUAGUAACUCUUUUCAGGUUUGGAGAAACAGCAAUGAGCCACACUAAAACCAGGAUGGAAGAAGCAUGGACAAUCGAGGAAGUGGCUUUCAAUGUCCCCGGGCUUUCGGUAGACUGUUUCAUUCCUCCUGCUGAAUUGAGAUUUGCUUCUGUCAGUGAAGCCUGCGAGCUUCCUCAGGCUCAGAGGGUAAACAGUGCUGUGGCUGCAGCAGCAUACCGUGCAAAAGUUGCAGCCCUCGAGAAUUCUGAUGACUGCAAUGUUAAUGGUAGCAUUUGGAAAACAGAUAUUUAGGAAAGUUGAAGGUUUAGUUUCAACUGACUGACAAAUUAGAAGAUAGUAGCUGGGUUGUUUGUGGAUUCUCUUCAAAUUUGUAAAUACAGGACAAUCAUUCACAGAUAUUCUCAGCUCCCUGACUGAAUUUUUAGUCUUGUUUUAUGGAGUCGGUGCUUGGGUUUUUGGUGGAUGAUUGAUGAGCCCAGGAGGCAGGGAGGUUUGUUUUUCCCAUUUACUUGUAUACAUGUUCUGAGAAGAGGGCAUCUGAAGAACAUUUUCAGGUCUUGAUUCUUGUAGCAUUUUUCUCCAGCGCAGUCGGCGGUGAUACUGGAAGAUCAAUUAGGAUUCCUGUAAUAUUUAAAUUCGUGAAGAACUUCUAACAUUAUGCCUGGCCAUGUGAUGAGAGUUUCACUCCCAACAAGUUCUGGGCUUUUGAAUAUUUUGAGUACUAUGCAUGAAUGAAUGUGUAACAUAUUAGUGCAGCUUUA